AGUGCGCAACUUGGUUGAACAACUAUCCGGGGGAUAGACUCGAACCGCGCGUCGAUCUAAUGGACUUCUAAAUGAGCAGCAGCCCAAACCCAGCUCACACGUGGAUCUGCCGAAGCGGGGAGACAUGGAUGUUUCAAAAAAGCCGCGCACUUUUUUCUGCCACUUCAUCUUGAUAGUUAGUUGCCAUGCGCUUUUGGACAGAUUCCUGGUGGAGGAGACGAUUCCUGAGUUCACCCAGGCUGAGGAUUCAGAAGGUGACGACCAAAUUCUGUACUGUGAUUUUGAGUCACCGUGCCUUUGGACAUCAUCAAAUCACAGUGACAAAAAUGACUGGUUGGUCGUUUCUCCUGCUCAACCUGGCGACACACCAGCUGGGACGAUUCCGCUCACUGAUCACUCCGUGGGAAGCUCAGAAGGUCACUUCCUGCUGCUGAGCCCGUCUGGUUCUGAAGUUUCUGGGAGAUGUGAGCACCGCCUCACCAGUCAGGUCCUUCUAAGAAGCGAACGUGACUGCGUUUUGCGAUUGGCUGUCUAUGAGUCGGGUCCAACUCUGGGGAACCUCACUGUCCUGAUCAAGCCAGUGUCAUUGGGUUCACCUACCAAUUCCGUACCUGUCAAUCAUCAAAGACAAGAAGACUACAGUGCUGAUUGGGAAGUACUGGAAGCUGUGAUUGGCCGGGUGGACGAGCCCUUCCAGGUGACUCUCGUCUACUCCUCCUGUGUGGGUAGAGACAGCAGCACCACUGUGGCCCUGGACACCAUUGAACUUACAGACUGUGAGGCAGAUGCAGAACAGCAGAUGACCACCCCAGACCUGGACUGCAGUGAAUCGUUCCACUGUGAAAACUCUGACUACUGCAUCGACCAGAAUCAAGUUUGUGAUUUCCACACGGACUGUCCUUUCGGCGAGGAUGAAGGCUUCAUCUGUGGAGGGCUUCCGUUUGGCUCCUACUGUUCAUUCGAUGAGGAUGAGUGCGGGUGGUCUGCGUCCAAGGAGAAUUUUGGCUGGAGAAGAGUUGCGGGGGAUGAGCUCCUGAUGAACAGGAACAUGCAGGGCAACGCUCUGCAGCGCACACAAGGUCAUUUCCUGUUUCUACAGAUUCAGAAGAGUCAUUCUUUGCGUGAGGCCUCCAUCCAGAGCCAUUAUUUUCCUCCCACUUUGUCCACCAGCGCUUGCCAGAUACGAUUCUCCCUGUACCUUCAUGGCAGCUUUAAUGGCUCAUUGUUGGUCGCUAUUGAAGAGAACGGGACCACAGCAGCGCCAAUGGCAUGGGAGCGGAACAGCCAGUCCGGAGAUGACUGGGAAGGUGUUGCCCUGCAGCUGACCGGCCUCACACAAGGGUUUCAUCUGAGAGUCACUGCGACGUGGUCCCAUGGUUCCUCCGCUGAUAUUGCACUCGAUGAUAUUGCCGUUGUCGCUGCCUGCUUUGCUACAGACUUAAACUCUCUAAUGCCCUUGAUGGACUUUGAGGAUUUCCUGAGCCCCCUGCCAGAGCCGUCAGCUUCAGACGUGUCCCUAGUGACAUGGUGGUUCAAUUCUUGUGGCGCCAGUGGUCCGUAUGGACCCACCCAGGCCCAGUGUGACAGCACCUACCGGAACAAGAAUGUCAGUGUCACAGUUGGAAAAGAAGGCCCGCUGAAAGGAGUGCAAAUGUGGAGAGUUCCUGCCACUGACCGAUACAUGAUCUCUGCCUACGGUGCUGCGGGAGGAAAAGGCGCCAAAAAUCACAACAAACGCAACCACGGGGUCUUCAUUUCGGCCAUAUUUCCACUGGAGAAAGGAGAAACACUUUACAUCUUGGUGGGCCACCAGGGAGAAGACGCAUGUCCCGGGAGAAAUCCCCAAACUCAGAGGAUCUGUCUGGGAGAGUCGUCUGUGAUUGAGGACGGCCUCAGAGGAGAGGCUGGUGCCGAGUGGGCCGGGGGAGGAGGCGGCGGCGGAGGUGCUACCUACAUUUUUAAGAUGGAGGGCGAUGAACUGGUCCCCUUGCUGAUCGCGGCUGGCGGUGGAGGAAACGCCUACAUGGAAGACUCAGAGUCCAGUCUGGACAGCUUACCCAUGGAGCAGUACGAGAACAGCACCACAGCCGCCAGCUCCAACGGCCAAACUGGAGCCGCAGGUGGAGGAGGUGGCUGGAGAGACGGUGCGAGUCCUUACCUGAGGGCCGGAAAGUCUCUGGUGGAGGGCGCCGACGGGGGGUCGGCAUGUCAACUGGCCGUGUCCAAACUCAGCUGGUCCACGUUCGGGGGCUACGGAGGCGGAGGAGGUGCCUGCACAGCCGGCGGAGGUGGCGGGGGUUACAGAGGAGGCGACGCAGCACUGACAGAUGACAUCACAGCGGAUGGUCAGGAUGGAAUCUCUUUCAUUAAUCCCAUCGGAGAGAUUUUCUUGCAUCCUCUGGCAGCCAUGGAGAGUCACGGCGAGUGCGAGAUCAAGGUGCAGCUGAACUGCAGCCACUGCCAGUCGCAGAGCUGCAAACGUGAGGAUGAAACUCACCUGGUCCUCUGCCUCUGUCACGAUGAUGAAAUCCUGGCCAGCGACAAUGUCACGUGCGUCAGUGCUACAGGCCCUCAGAUCCCGUCUCUGCAGGACCAGAUGUCAACAACCCUGAUCCUGGCGGUGGUGACCUCAACUGUAGCGAGCGUCAUGGCGUUGACCUGCGCCGGCGUCAUUCUCAUGUGGUACCGGAAGAAAAAUGAUCUGCACGCUGUCCGGGGUCGCCUGCAGAGUCCAGAGUAUAAGCUCAGCAAGAUCCGCUCCUCCACCAUCAUGACUGACUACAACCCCAACUACUGCUUUGCCGGAAAGGCCACGUCGCUCAGCGAAUUAAAAGAAGUGCCUCGCAAAAACAUCACACUCCUCAGAGCUCUCGGUCACGGUGCAUUCGGGGAAGUCUAUGAAGGGCGUGUCCUGGGGAUGGCGGGGGACAACUGUCCAAUGCAGGUGGCGAUAAAGACUCUUCCAGAAAUCUGCUCGGAACAGGAUGAGAUGGACUUCCUGAUGGAGGCGUUGAUUAUGAGCAAGUUCAGCCAUGAAAACAUUGUUCGGUGCAUCGGCGUCAGUCUGAACAUCCUCCCCCGAUUCAUCCUGCUGGAGCUAAUGACCGGAGGAGACAUGAAGAGCUUCUUGAGACAGAACCGACCACACGUGGCGCAGGUGUCCUCCCUCACCAUGCGAGAGCUGCUGAGGAUGGCCCGAGACAUCGCCUGUGGCUGUCGGUACCUGGAGGAGAACCACUUCAUACACAGGGACAUCGCAGCGAGGAACUGCUUACUCACCUGCGUUGGAGCCGACAGAGUCGCCAAGAUCGGGGACUUUGGCAUGGCGCGAGACAUUUACAGGGCCAGUUACUACAGGAAAGGCGGACGCGCCAUGCUGCCGGUGAAGUGGAUGCCACCCGAGGCCUUCAUGGAGGGAAUCUUCACCUGCAAAACUGACACAUGGUCAUUUGGAGUACUGCUGUGGGAAAUCUUCUCUCUGGGUUACAUGCCGUAUCCAUGUAAGACCAACCAGGAAGUGCUGGAGUUUGUGACCAGCGGGGGGAGAAUGGACCCACCGAAGGGCUGCCCAGGCCCAGUUUAUCGGAUCAUGACUCAGUGUUGGCAGCACUGUCCAGAGCACCGCCCCAAUUUCUCCACCAUCUUGGAGAGGAUCAACUACUGUACUCAGGACCCUGACGUCAUCAACACGCCCCUCCCAGUGGAGUACCGCCCCUCCGCCGACGACGGCAGCGCCAUCAUCCGCCCCGCCGAUCGCAACCCCUCCAGCUUGGCGGCCGUUUCUCAUACUUGCACGUCUCAGUUGUCCCCUCUUGGUCUAGGAUCCGUGACGUUCCUUCCGCAGCCCACCAAACCGUGCCUGAGGACGCCGCCGAUCCAUCGUGACGUGGAGGCGCUGGAGCCCUCGUGGGCGGAGCCUGUACCUGCAUGCACAGGGAGCCACUCGCUGCACCCUGAGCAGCAGCCCCACAAGCCGUGCUCCCGGACCAGCUCCUCCUCUGGGAGCCAGCGGCUGAAGAACAAAACUAAGAAUCUGUGGAACCCCACCUAUGGCUCAUGGGUCUUCAGGGGGAAGAAGUCGGUCGCCCAAACUCAAUCCAUGCCGCUGUCCAGCGCCGCUUCAUUCAGUGCCACCGCUCCCGAGGCGGACGCUGCCAAGUGCUCCCACCUGGCUCCCUCCAGCCACGCCUCCUUCUCCUCCCCGCCUCCACCCUGCCUGAACCCAGCCAGCGUGUCCUACAGUGAAGGCGGGAAUGGCUCCAAGUCCGGGGUGGACCUGGCCAAGCUGCAGAGUUUCCCCUGCGGCAACGUCAACUACGCCUACGACGAGCCGAGUUACGAGGCAGAGAGCCUACCGCUGGUCACGCCCAGAGCUGCCGAGGCCCCCGCGGGGGCCCACCUGGGCCUCACCCUGGGACUCCAGGCCUCAGCUUGCGUGCCGAAGCUGCUGCUGAAGCGCCACGCCAGCUACGGACACGAGGACAUCAGGAGACAUGCCAAAGCUGAGAAACCCACUCGGGACAGAGACUCGGGCUUCUCUCUGUCUGAAGAUCUCAGCGUCACGCCGAUUUAGGCUCAUCAUCGUGCACAAUCCGAAAUGUUCACGUCUCAGCUUAGACGUGAAUCCUGGUGCAGCGGCUGAGGUGCAUGAACGGAAGCCAUAUUUACUGCAGUGAACAGCAACUCUCUUCACUCCUACUGACAACAGACUCAGAGCUCGAUCCUCUGUCUGGCAUUAGCGUGCCACAUGACUCCGCAGCAUGUGCCCCUCACGCUGACCGUCUCAUUGUGCGCGACUCUGACUCUUCAUCAGACCUAAUCUUCUUGUGUUUCAUUCGUGGGGCUGUGAUCCGUAACUUGUUUUGAGUGGUCCAACCGACUCUUGUAUCUCAUCAGAAGUCACAGUCUGAGCAAGGACGAUGCCCAACAACUCAUUUCCGUCGGGUUUUCUGCUUGACUUGUUAAUGCCACGAAGAUACCGACUUGUGUUACAUCUAUUAGGGAAACACCAACUUCAUCCCUGGUGUCACCAACUCUUUUUCAAGUGAACAGGACCUUAUAUGUUGCACUUUCCAUGCUAAAGAAUAAGUGCCACCCACUUACGAGUUGUGAGUCUCUUCUUAGACUUGGAAUCACAAAGGAAUUAUCUUCCAAAACAGCCCGAGUGCAGCAGGGAUCUUGACGUAAUCCCCUCAUAUGCCUCCAGAUGGCAGUGUUUUUUUCUGUGUCACCCACUAACAUACUUGCAUGACUGAAAACAAAGGCAGGGGGACCCCUAAACUAACGCGCCCCCAGCUGGAUGGGUACAUGAACACCUGGUACUGUGACAUGGACCCGGACUCUUGGGAUUCCUCGUCCAAAAUGCUGGUGUUGAGACCUUUCUUUUACUGUUAUUUGUCAUUAUUUUUCAUUUUAGUGAGUCAACAGUUGGAAAUCAUCAUUUAAACUCUUCCUCUUGUUUGAACAUCCAUGUUUUGUUAGUUGUGAGCUUCUCAGUUUAAAAAAAGAAUAUAUUCUUCAUGGAUAUUUUGUGCUUGUAUACUUUUGGAUGCCAAUCUCUUAUUAACAGCAUUACAGUCAAGUAUAAGCUGAGAGUGCCUGUGCCCCUCCCGACCCCCCUUUUCAGAAUCAGGGGUGCUAGCUGAAUGUAUUCAUGUGUUGUGCUACUUGGUUGAAUAUUUUGUGGCUUGUUUCCUAAUUCUCUCUAUUAUUACACAGACCUCUGAAAGUGAGAGAGUAAUUUUCUACUCGGUUUUAAACGCGGGACUAACACAUGACUAUGUACAGUAAACCUUCUGAUUUUGUCCUCAUUUAUUAUAUCUAUUUGUAGUUGAUCACUGCCACCAAGUCCCUCUGCGCUGCAGAACCUCAGGUCAGCCAGCAGGGGGCAAAGUUGAGCUCUGGAACUAGCUUGGCGCCUUGACCACUUCUUACUCUAUCUAGUAUUUAUGUGGGCUUAUUAUUUGUCGGGAUUUUACUGCUGUCAGUCGGGGUUUAUUUUGACGGAAUGAAAAAACUGCUGCAUUCACUGUCAAAUACAUUCCCGUCCUCUUAUGUAGCUGAAAAUACUAUGCAAUAUUAGAUUAUACUGUCUUUAAUACUCUCACUUAUAUGUGCCAAAAUAAAUGGUCAUAUGCCAACAUCCUGGUCUUUUGGUCUUUUAAAAGAAUGACACCGCGUCUCAGUUUUAAUGUCAAUAUUUAUUCAGUUUUCACGCCUGAAAU